AUGAGGGUUCCUUCGGCGACUUAUAUUGUCACCGAGCAACAUGGCUCAUAUGCUGUAUUGGAACUUCCAGAUAGAAAUGAUGCACAGAUUAUAUAUUUUGAUCCAGAUCGCGGAUAUCCUUCAUUUUCUGGAGUUUCAGAAUAUGAUAAUUUUCGAAGUAAGGAUGAUGCUAUAAACCGAAUCAAGAAUCAUGAAGAUAAUGUUAAGAUCUAUAAUUAUUAUAUGAUUGCUGGAAUGUUUCCAGUAGGAAAUGCAACAAUAAUUUGUUUUAUUAAAUCUGUUUCAGAUGCAGGCUUAUUAUUCAAGAAACAUCAAGUUUAUUCAGUGGAUUCGCUCGUUUACGUUGUAGCAAAUAAAUAUUCAUUAACUCAAAAUGAACAAAAAAUUCUAAGCAUCAUAGAAUCAUAUCCAAUUAAAUACGGACACUUCAUAUGUCAUACAUAUGAUUUGUCCAUGCCAUUAAGCUGCAAACCAUCAAAUGAUUGCAUUAUCAACAGAUAUAUCUCCCAAGUUUUCGAUUUCUUCACAAUUGGCAAGAUUUGUCCCAAUAUUAUUGAAGGUCUAUUCAACGUGAACACAUUUGGCAAGUACGAAAUCUACCAAAUUACAAGAGUUAUUUGUGAGACUUGUGGUCCAGUUAAUGCUGUGAGAGGAACCAACCAAACAGGCGGCCUUGGCAACCAGACCAUUGUCGAACUUAUUUUUACUAAUUAUGUAGGAGAAUCAAUUGAAAUUCAAUCUCAAAUCAUUUUACGAGGCUGUACACCAAUUUCAUAUGUUCCAAAUAGUGUAACUCCAGAUUUAGUCCCUUAUUCUACAAUUCCUGUAUGGAUUGUUCGAACAAAUGCAGUUUUUGGAAUUCCUAAGCUAAACAUCAUUGAUUUUAAUAAAGAAGGAGGUGAUGUAGACAGAGCUUUCAAAGAAAGUUUAACAUUUGUAGGUGACAGCUUAGCUCUUUCUGUUAAAAAUGUUGAUUGGUCAAAUCUCAAGAAAUCAAUGCCAUUUGACCAAGCCUUACAGAUUGUUGCGAAGCUAACAGACGAAUUACUAGACAAAACAACAAUUUCUUCUGGUUUUAUGGACAGAGAUAAAAUAAAAUUCACUGUAAAACAAGAUUCAGCGAUCGUUGUCACCAGCCAAGAUGGUCUCGACAGAUGCAACUUCGGUUUGUUCGUAGUUGCUACGAGAUCCGUCUUCAAAUUCAUCAAUAAAGUUCAACUCGACCCUUCCUACAACAAAUCGAUCCUAGAGCAUAUCACGACUGCAACUAUCAACUCUGGCAACCUUGUUUCCAAUUUAUCAGCCGAUUCCGACUCAUUUUCUAUUUCGGAUAUUUUACGUGCGGCCAAAAAGGACAACCGCAGUGUCCCCUUCAAGCGCCGCAAGCAAGGAUCCGAUGACCAAGCGAGACUCAAAGCCUGGGCCGUUUUUGACGGCUCUCCCAACAAACCUAACCUUCCAAUGACAUUUCCCAGCGUUUUCGAGCGAAUCCGAUGCGUAUCAGAUGAACCAGGUGCCUGUAUCUUGUCAUCACCAGCCGCUCGACCACUUUUCGAAAUGAGACAGGCAAUUUUGACAAAUUCUGACACCCCAAUUGUCAUUAUGUUAAAUGAGCCAUGUUUUGUUACAGAAGUUGUUAUACGGCUUCCCAGUUUCUACGAUCGCCGUCCUACACCAUCUUCAUUAACCAUUUACGGCGGUCCAUAUGCCAAUCGCAUUUUCCCUGUUAUUUCAAACAUUGCUUUGAGUACAGGGGAACAGAGGAUCUCAUUAUCCAUUACUCCACCCGAGCCUAAUCAUUACAGGCACGAAUGUAUUGCUCCUUAUCUUUCUUUAGUUCGAUUUCUUGUUUUUGAUUUUUCGUCACCUUUUGACAAAUUUAUUUUAUUAGGAAUCAAAGUAUUUGGCUGCAAAACAUUACCACAGAUAUUGCAGCGUCCUCAAAUACCUUUAAGUCCUAUCACAGACAAGCUCGAAUUCUGGGAAGAGCCAAGCCAUGACGCAUUCAUUCAAUGGGAAGAAAGAAGAUUAUGUGCUUUGAUGCCUUUGACAGAAUAUCUCCACAAAGUGACGAAACUCGAUCCUAAAAUGAAUCCAGGGAUUGUGUUGGCUGAAUCCAUAUUCAGACUGAUGCCAUCGAAUGUUGAACAAGAAGGAAUUAUUUGUAAUUGCGGAAGACCAGCUGAUUACAGAUGUUCUUUGUGUAGAAAAUAUUUUUGUAGACAUUGCGAUAAACCUAAUGAUUCUCAGGAUUCCGUCAGUGAUCCAAACAACACUUGCAAACUCUGUUUGUCAUGUUCUGAUAAGAGAUUCAAGAUGACAGCAAGUGUUACGAAGUUGGUGACAUUGAACGCGAGAAUGGCAAAUAAUUUGUAUCCUUUCAUAGGAAAAGAAGAUGGAAAAUUCUAUGAAAAAAGUCCUUUCGUCGUUAUCAAUCAACUUCCAAUUGGAAAGAACGGUGUCAGCUUCGAACAGAUGCUUGCAACAGGUAAGGAAUGGACUCCCGAAGUCAAUUACGUCAAAGUUGAUUUGCUUUUGAAACAAAAAGCUCUUUUUAGAAAUAUCAUUGUCAAAACGAAAAAUCCUGUUGAUAUUUUGUUUGGAAAUGAUGUUUUGCAUUUCUUACCCCCUGGAAAUAGAUCUGCUACUAUUGAAGCUGUUGGUCGUGUCUUCUCUUUCGUUUUUGUUGGAAAUGACAUCGGAAUAACUGGUUUCGAUUUCGAAAAAGAUGAUGUUUACAUAAAAGAAAGUUAUCCGAAAACAGACAAAAACAUCCCUUCAUGCGAUUGCUCGACAAUCAAGACGAGAUUGAUAUCGAACAGUCAACAGAAACUCUCCAUAAUCAUGCCACUAAAUGAACAAGGAGAUUUCACAAACGCUGUUACUUCAGGAAUCGAAAUUUCUGAUAUGACGAAUAUCAAAUCAAUAGCGAUUUUCGUUCAGGAUUCACAAGGAGGAGAAAAGUUCUUCAGAUACUAUAUUCCUAAAAUGAGUGGAAUGCAAAGAUUGUUGCUUCCUUCACCUCUUGAAUUCCGUCAAUUGACAGUGUAUUACACCGAAAGCUACGGAAAUUUCAACUUGCCAACUGCAAAAGCACUAAUUGUUAAUGUUAAAUAA